AUGUCAUGGAAUGUAAAUGGUGUGUGUACAAAGCUUGAAAAGGGUAACGUGCACCAGUUGUUAUGUGGUUAUGAUAUCAUAGCUAUUAAUGAAGUGAAAACCCAGCUUCCAGUAAAUCUAAGUGGUUAUAAGUUGUACAGAAGUGAUGUAGUUGGCUCUGCUGCUCGUGGAGGCACAGUGGUGUUAGUUAAGAAUUGGUUGUCAGAGUCAGUGUUUGGUGUCGACACGAGUAAAGGCGACCAAGUGUGGAUGCAGAUGCGUAAUAUUCCUGGUGUAUUAUUUGGGUUUUGUUAUAUUCCACCUUCUGAUUCACAAUAUUAUUCUUUGAGUGCCUUUUCUUACAUAAAAGAGAAAUUGUCAGAAUUUAUGCCUAAAGGACAUAUCAUUAUUGGUGACAUGAACGCAAGAUUUGGCAAAAAUGUCAAGGACUUACUGGCGCCACUUAAUGUGUCAAAUAGCGAUGAAUUGUCAUAUCCUUUUGUUGCUGAUGAUAUAAAUGUACAGAAUGACAAUGCCCAGCUUCUCUCAGCAAUAUGUGUUGAAAAUUCUAUGCUUGUUAUGAACAAUUUGAAAACUGAACAGAAACAUUUUCUUGGAAAUAAGACAUUUCGGAGACGAGAUGCGUGGAUCUCAGAGGUUGACGUAUGCAUGGCAUCGUGUACUAUGAUUAGGUACAUAGAUGAUUUUUCUGUAGUACAACGCGUCGACCUGCCAUCAGACCACGCCCCCAUAACACUCACAGUCUCUGGCACUGGUAUGGACCUGGACAAUCUUAUCGACAGAACACGCCAAUUGGGAGACCACGCGGCUCUGUACAGUGUCAGUGUAAAAAAGAACUUGUUUAGAAGACCACUGAAAUUCAUGAAUAUUGAUAAAGAAGUGUUCAGCAAUGUUAUUUCCCAAAAAGACCUAAACUUUUUCAAUGGAAAUGUAGAAAUUUCAGAGGUAGAGAGUGGUAUUACAAACGCCCUAUAUUCGUGUGUGCAACAGAGUGUCUGUAGGAAUCAGAGAAGUGAACAGGUAGACAUGCAGCUUGGUAGGUGGGAAAGGUUGCUGAGUGACAGAGACGACAGUAGAGUUUGGAAAGCUAUAAAUUGGAAGGGCGAGUAUGCAAGUGAAAACAAUGGAAAUUCGUGUCCUAGCAGUGAUGAGUUUAAAGCCUAUUUCGAGACCAUCUUAAACGCGGAUACGGUUAAUGAUGAUGAUGUGGAAGUAACUACUGACGUGACAAUUCCUGUCUUAGACGAACAAAUCUCUGUCGCGGAGGUACAGCAACAGAUAAAGAGAAUGCAUCCUGAUAAGUCGUGUGGACCAGAUGGGUUGCCACCGGGUGUGUUUAGCUUGUUGCCAGCUCAGUGGGUAUUAGCUAUAGUAACUCUGUUUAACAACGUUUUCUUGUUUGGUAGUUACCCAUGUUCUUGGAUUAAGGCAAAAGUAUUCACUAUUUUUAAGAAGGGUGACAGACACAACCCUCAUAAUUAUCGUGGAAUCAGCAUCUUGAAUUCACUGGCAAAAUUGUUUGACAUGGUAUUGUGUGAGAGGUUGAGUCACUGGUUCAGACCACUGAGGGAACAAGCCGGGGCCCAGAGAGGUCGCGGCUGUAUAGAACACAUUGUUACGCUACGCUUGCUGGUUGAUACUGCUAGACGUAAAAAAGAAAAAUUAUUUGUCAUGUUCGUAGAUUUUUCAAAAGCUUAUGACUUAAUACCAAGGAACAAAUUGUUAACUGUGUUGAAAAGAUUGGGUUGUGGGAUGGUGAUGCUGGGGGCGCUGACCGCCAUGUACAGGGUGACACAAAGUGUGGUGGGCUCAGCAUUGUUUACUGCUACGCUGGGGGUGCGUCAGGGCUCCCCCACCUCCUGCAUCCUCUUCAUAAUCUACAUCAAUGAAUUGGUUAAAAUGAUUAAAGAACAGUGUAUGCCAGAGAGAUUUUUAGACUGGUUACAUGUCUUAGUUUUAAUGGAUGACACCGUGUUAUUGUCAACAAGUCGAGCUAAUUUAAUAAAGAAGGUUGAAAUAUUGGACCAGUUCUGUAGAGAUUACGGUAUGUAUGUAAACAACGCUAAAACUAGUUUCUUUGUUAUUCAUGGUGAUGACGGCGAUGCAGAUGCAAUUCAUGUGAACAGUUUGGUGAUUGAACACUGCCACAGUUACAUUUACUUGGGAUCACCAUUCACCAGUGAUGGGUCAGUGUCCUCAGCAGUUAAAGCACAUUCAACAGCAAAGUUGUGUCAUGUAUUAAAAUAUGUUUCAUUUGUUACAAAGAAUAAUGAUUUGCCUUGUAUUGUCAAACGUAGAGUUUUUGAGGCCGCUUUAAUGUCUGCAAUUCUAUACGGAUGUGAAUCCUGGGUUAGUGCUGAUUAUAAGCCUGUCACCAAACUGUAUAACUGGGCACUAAAACAAAUGCUGGGGGUUAGAAAAACAACGCCUAACAUAGUAUGUUACGCUGAGGUGGGUUUGCCAUCAGUCUCAGACCUUAUCAAAGUUAAGCAACAUAAAUUUUUUAGGAAUAUAUGGCUAGAAAGGUCAGGAAUGAAUGAUGAUCCUCUGAUACUGGCUAUAAGAGUAACACUUGCCUCACGUACACCUACAUCAAGAAAUAUAGACACCUUUAUUAAUACUGAGCCACUGAGUAUGUCAACAAUUAUAGAAAAUGUUUGUAAUGAUAUAGCACAUUCAGAUUCAUCCCGUUGCAAAACAUAUAAAGAGAUAAAUCCACAAUUUAAAGUACCUGACCUUUACAAACAAAAACAUCUAGUUAACGAUUUACACAGAAUAUCUUUUACCCGUUUCCGUCUGUGUGGUCACCGUCUUGCGAUCGAGACUGGGCGCUGGAACCGCAGAGGGAGAGGGCGUUUGCCAGUGGAGGAGCGGUUGUGUAGUUGUGGAGGAAUACAGACAGAGAGACAUGCGGUAGAAGUGUGUCCUCUAACAGCUCAUCUUAGACAUAUUUAUAAUGUCACUGUAUUAGAGGACAUAUUUGCUGAUACUUUUCCUCGUGAAAGUAUGUGUAAGAUGUUACAUGAGGUGCUAAAUGUCUUAGAAUAG